UGAACCCCACCUUGGGUACCUCAGCACUCACGAACACUUAUGGGCGUGUGCAGAUGGCGUGCAGCAGCACUUGUGCGCAUGUUUCAUGUCUGGAUGGUGUAACGGCGCAGGUCUUCAUUGCAUGGGUUGAUGUCCAGCUGAAAGACGCUGCAAAAUAAGAAGGAAUCGCGCAAUAGAUCGGAGACUCCGACAAAUCAGGUGGCAUCAUGAGCAAAGUGCAGGGUGGGAUGAAAUGUGUGAAAUAUCUGCUUUUCGCUUUCAACAUCAUCUUCUGGGUGUCUGGAUUGUUGGUGCUGGCGGUGGGACUGUGGCUUAGGUUUGACCCAAACACAGUGGACCUCCUGACAGGCGAUGGCGCCCCCUACACCUUCUUCAUAGCCGUGUACAUCCUUCUUGGUGCCGGUGCGUUGAUGAUGGUCGUGGGGUUCUUAGGUUGUUUUGGGGCCAUUCGUGAGUCUCAGUGUCUUCUUGCAUUGUUCUUUGCUUGCCUUGUGAUAAUCUUUGGAGCAGAAGUCACUGCUGGUGUGUUUGGAUUCCUAAACAAGGAACAGAUUUCUGAAGAAGUCCAAAAGUUUUACAGUAGCUCCACCCUCGACUCUAGUCCAAAUGGAACUGCAAUAGUAACGACUUAUUAUAAAGCUCUGAACUGUUGCGGAGUUUCCACAUUGGAGCCAAACAGGGAUGUGUGUGCAGACUUCCCAGAAGACGUCAAGGACUGCCUGACUGCAAUAACAGACUUCUUCGAUGAAAAGCUGUAUAUCAUUGGAUACAUAGGGAUUGGUAUUGCAGGAGUCAUGAUUAUAGGAAUGAUCUUCAGUAUGGUCCUGUGUUGUGCCAUCAGAAACAGCAGGGAGGUUAUAUAAUUGGUGAGCUGACCCCCCCCCCCCCAACUGUCGCCUGAUCAUAUGGUUACACAGCCCUUCAUAAUCAACUUGUCUGCAUGAGAAGGGAAACACCAAAGUUACAUUUCAGUCACUUCUCUUAGUCCAAACAAGUGCGGUGGGGGAGGGCCUCCGAGUAUCACAAAGAGAGAACAACAAAUCUCAAUGCUCCCACUUAUCCACGGACCACAUGCAACACGAUACGCUGGAUCGUUAACAUCACACCUUCUUCUUGAGUCCACCAGCACUGAAAUUCACUUCCCUCUUCUUUUCCAUAACACAUGCUUUGCUUUUAGCUCGACUCUGUGACAUUCCUCACUUUUAACAUGUCUUUGUUAGACUGCCGGUGCUCCGCAAAGGCCAAAGUGCUGCCGUUGUAGAUGCAACACAGCACACAAAGCCUUCUUUGACACAGGAAUGUUGUGACUGGGGAGUAUUGCUGUAAAUAUGGAUCCUUAUUUUCACUUUGUGUGCUUUAGCGUUUUGAGGACUAGCCUACCUUUGCAGAGUAAAUUUGCAGAGUAAAAUUCCGUCAUGUGCCUAUUUAUUUAGUUACGAUCAAGCCUCCUACUACUGGACUGUUUGCCUAUAUCUUUUGAUUUGAAUAUGUACACUGCACCAGUGCUUGCUUCCUGUCACCACUUUCAAGUAUUUCUACCGUAAAGCACAAUAGCUGAAGUGUAGACAUGAUUUGAAGCCAAAGGGUUAGGAUGGUCUCAUGAUAAACUGCGGCGUUGUAAAUCUCCAAAUUCAUCUGACAGCUAAAUAAUGCUUUGUGCUGACCUCUUCUGGAGCAUGUUUGGGAUGUAACAGUGAGCUAGUUUGCAUUUUGUGUGAAUUAUUGUGGAUGUAAAUUUUGUUGGUGUGCCAAUAAGAUGUGAAUUAUAGAAUAAUAUAGUUUGUCAUACUGUUAACCGUAAUAAAAACAUUGGGUGCUUUUA